AUGCUGCAGACCGGUGGCAGGGGCGCCACGGGCAGCAGGCCGCAGGCCCGCCGUGGAGCUGCUGCAGGCAGCAGCCAUCAGGCCGGCGGCAGAGGCGCCGCCAGUAGUGGAGCGGCGGCCCCGGGGGACAAAGGGAAACGCCCCUGGUCGUUCGUGCCCCAGCCGUCGUCGUCGUCACCUCCACGGCAGUGGCCGGCAUCGGGCGGCGCGAAGGAGGGAGACCGGGGCGACCAGUCAUCCGGCGCGGAGUUCGCGACGGAGGCCAGGUCCAGGGUGCGGGAGCCCAAGGACCAGGGCCGGGCCGGUGGCGCAACAACGGGCGCCCGAGCUGACCCGCUGCCGGAGGCAGGCUCCACCGUGGCCCCUCAACGGCCCGGGGGCCAGAGCCCCCUACCGAAGAGGAGGAAGGCAGACCCCGGGCCGAAGCCACAGGGCCCGGACUUCAAGAUCCACGAGUCCCGGUGGCCGCCCAAGGACCCCGCCAGAGACCAAAGGCGGCCAGAGGUGCUGAGGCCGGCUCCCGCUCCUGAGCCGAGCGUGCUCGCACCUGAGCCGAAGAGGGCUCGCAGGGGACCUAGCACCUGGCCGCCGUCAAGUCAGGCCCCGGAGCCCCUCCCGGACGUGCUUGGAAGCGCCCGGGAGGUCAUCGGGUGGCUGGAAGCGGCCGUGGCGGCGGACCGAGUAGAGCUCGAUAGGGACCAUGCCGCCCUCGUCAAAGAGAGGGGCCGGCUAGAGGAGGUCGGUAGGGUCCUAGAGCCCCGGAUCUCCUCGGCCCACGCAACACAUGAGAGGUCAAUGCGCGCAGUGGCAAAGGAGCGGGAAGCAUUGGAGGAGGUGUGCGACGAAGCUGUUGCCGCGCAGGAGAAGGCCACUUGCAUGGAGCGGCAAGCGACCGAGCGCGACCAGGCCUCGCGGUGGUGGGUCGCGGAGCUGCUUGCUCGGGAGUGGUUGCUCCUUGCUCGGGAGGAGGCGGUGGUCAAGCGCGAGAAGUCAGUGCAAUCUGCCCAGGCAGACUUAGCCCGCCGGAACGACGAGUUCGAGCGGAGCCGCGCCGACGUCCUCCAUCGGGAGGAGGAGGUCGCGAUCCGUGAGACCGACGUAGAGAUCACGGCGACAGCUCAAGAUGCCCAUGUGGAACAAAUUGCACGGCGCGAAGCGGAGGCCGCCUUGGCGGCGUCGGCCCUCACCGCCCGAGAGGAGCAGGCCGCCAAGUGGGAGGCCGAGCUGGCUGCCCGGGAGCGGGCCCUCGCCGCCUUGGCAAAGCAGGCGAAGCGGGGGCAAGCCGAGGCCCCGGCCACCAGUGGCGUCCCGACCAGCGCAGCCAAGGGGGUCAGCCUUGAGGAACGGCUGCAAAUCGCAAGGGACGAGCUCUAG